GAUGUGUCUUUGUGUAUGACCCCUUGGAAUGCAGUGACUUGGAAGAAGAGUAACGUUCUGAUAAGGAGCAGCCCGUCCCAUGUGGUCAGGGCUGAGGGGGAGCAGCACUCCCUACUGAUAACCCAGAUGAGGUCUGGAGACGCUGGGACAUACUGCGUCACCGCUGUCAACGCGGCCGGGAAAGCAUCCUGCAACGCCACGCUCUACAUCAAAUCAGAGCUGACCCAGGUGCAUGGUGGGAAGCCGAGCAGCUUGCCCCUGGUGGAGGUCACGAGUCCCCUCCAAUCAGACGAGGAGUACCUGAGCCCCCUGGAGGAGGUCAUGGAGAUUGGAGAACCACUCUCACGAGGGGUGGGGCCACAGUCUAAAUACGCCUUCUUCAAUGAUCCUCCCUCCUUUCAGGCAGCACUGAAUGACCACGGGGUGACAGAGGGACAGGAGGUUACCAUGUCUGUUAAAGUCAGAGGACAGCCUAAACCUAUGGUGUACUGGCUGAGGGACAAAGUGACCCUAAAAACCAAUGGCAGAUUCAUUGUGCGUGAGACAGAGGACGGCACCAGUGAAAUGAUCAUCACUUCAGCACAGAGAUCUGAUGCAGGACUCUACACCUGCAAGAUCAUCAACGAAUACGGAACCAAGCAGAGCGAAUGCAAACUAGAGGUCAAAGCCUCCCCGGCACAGGAAGCCCUGGCCAUCAUCAGAGAGGUGCGAGACGUGGCGGUGACGGCCGGAGAGUCGGCCAUGUUUGAGUGUCACAUGACUGGGCCUCUGGAUGUGGAGGUAGACUGGCUGUCCAAUGGGAAACUGGUUCAGCCGGCACUCCUCAACUGCAAGAUGACCUUUAACGGGAAGAGGUGCCGGCUGCUGUUAAACUCAGUACAUGAAGACGACAGUGGAACCUACACCUGCAAGCUGAGCACUGCCAAAGAGGAGUUGACCUCCAGUGCCCACCUAAAGGUCACUCCCUCCAGGGAGCCCCUGUUCACCCGCAAGCUGGACAUCCUGGAGGUCAUAGAGGGUCGCACCGCCCGUUUUGAUUGCAAGGUCAGCGGGUCCCCACCUCCCAUCGUUACCUGGAACCAUUUCGAGAACCCGGUGGAGGAGAGUGAGAAUGUGCGUCUCCUGCAGGAAGGAGGCCGUUACUCAUUGGUCAUCACCCACGUCAGCAGCGACACGGAGGGCUUCUACACAGCCGUCGCUAAGAACGCACACGGAAAGGCGGAGUGCACAGCCGAACUCUACACGCAGGAACCGCGACCCGCGAUCUCUUCUCACAUGGCGAAGCUGGAGAAGAUGCCUUCCAUCGCUGAGGAGCCGGAGGUUCUGGAGAGCGAGGUGGAGCAGGAGCAGAGGACCAUGCCUGACUUCGUCAAGCCCCUGGCUGACCUGGAGAUGAUCGAGGGGAAGGAGGCGGUGCUAAAGUGUAAGGUGGCGGGCCUGCCCUACCCCACCAUCGCCUGGUACCACAACGGCAAGAAGAUACACAGCACAGACGACAGGAAGAUGACCCAACACAGGGAUAUCCACAGUCUGGUCAUCCGCUGUGUGUGUCACGGCCACGGGGGCGUCUACAAGAGUGUCAUCGCCAACAAAGUGGGGAAGGCAGCCUGCUACGCACACCUCUACGUCACAGGUAUGGAUGGGGACCAUCCACCAGCAAUCACAGCAACAGAUAUUGUUCCUGAUCCCCCCGAUGGUCCUCCAGUGGUAGAGUCCAUAACAGGGAAGACCAUAACACUCAGCUGGAAGAAACCAAAGAGGCUUGACUCUUCCAUAGAUGGCAGUUCUUUGAUGUAUGCAGUGCAGCAGCAGCCUCUGGGUUCCAUCCAGUGGAGCAUCAUAGCCUCCAACCUGAGAGAGACCACCUACACAGUCACCGGUCUCUCCAAGGGAGUCCGCUACGCCUUCAGGGUCCUAGCGGCCACCGCCAAGCUCCUCAGCAAACCCUCCCACUCCACUGACCUUGUGCAGCUCAUGGAUAGAGGUCCCUAUCAGAGGAAAGCUCCCAUCAUCCUGGACAAGCCUGACGUUGUGUACGUGGUGGAGAACCAGUCCGUGAGCAUCACCCUCACCCUUAACCACGUUAAUGCUGUGGUCACCUGGAAGAGGAGGGGAGUGGUUUUGCUCAACAAGCCAGGGAUGUUUGAGAUGAGCAUGCCAGACGACGACCAACACACCCUAAAGAUCCAGAGGGUGAAGAGCACUGACACCGGUCAGCUGGUCUGUACAGCCAACAACCAGUUUGGCAGCGACCUCUGUACCAUCCUACUGGCCAUGGCAGUGCGUCCUAAAUUUGAGUCCAUCAUGGAGGACUUGGAAAUACAUGUAGGAGAGACAUCUCGCUUUGCUGUGGUUGUCGAGGGACAACCUGAUCCUGAUAUUCUGUGGUACAAGGAUGACACUCUGCUGUCAGAGAGCAGUCACUUCACAUUUGUGUACGAUGAUACGGAGUGUUCCCUGGUGGUGCUGAACGCCCGGCCUGAGGACUCAGGGGUGUACACCUGCACCGCCAAGAACCUGGCUGGGCAAGUCUCCUGCAAGGCUGAACUCACCGUCCACAAAGUGAGGAAGGAGGUGGAGGAGCCCAUGGAGGAUGAGGGGUCCAUUUUGAGGAAGAUGCGGAGGCUGACUGAUUACUACGAUGUACACAAGGAGAUAGGACGUGGAGCGUUCUCCUAUGUGAAGAGGGUGUCUGAGAAGAAGGGGAAGGUGGAGUACGCAGCCAAGUUCGUGUCUGCGAGGGCCAAGAGGAAGGCCUUGGCCCUGAGAGAGAUGAACCUUCUGUCAGAGCUGAACCACGAGAAAAUCCUCUACUUCCAUGACGCCUUUGAGAAGAAGAACAUGGUUGUCAUCAUCACUGAGCUAUGCCAUGAGGAACUUCUGGACCGACUGACCAAGAAGACUACUGUCAUGGAGUCCGAGAUCCGGUCCAGUAUUCAGCAGGUGCUUGAAGGGGUCAGCUACCUUCACCAGAAAGACAUUGCUCAUCUUGACAUCAAGCCUGAGAACAUCCUGAUGGCAGGCCGACACAGUGACAAGAUCCGCAUCUGUGACUUUGGCAAUGCCGUCAAGCUGGGGACCAAUGAAGCCCACUACUGCAAAUACGGCACUCCGGAAUUUGUUGCUCCGGAGAUCGUUAACCAAACGCCGGUCUCCAAGGCAACAGACAUCUGGCCUAUUGGGGUUAUCACUUACCUAUGUCUGACUGGUGUGUCUCCUUUUGCUGGGGAGAACGACAGAUGCACCGUCCUCAACAUCAGGAACCAAAAUGUGGCUUUUGAGGAGAGUAUGUUUGCUGACCUCUGUAGAGAGGCCAAGGGAUUCGUCAUCAAACUGCUGGUGGCUGACAGACUGAGGCCUAACGCUACAGAGAGCCUUCGCCACCCCUGGUUCAAGAUUUCAAUAAAAGACAAGAGCAUCAACACAGCGAUCCUAAAACAGGUCUUAUCUCGAAGACGUUGGCAGCGUUCCCUCAUCAGCUACAAAUCCAAGAUGGUGAUGCGCUCCAUCCCUGAGCUUCUCAACGACUCGUCCAACCACAUCUCCAUCGCUGUGGCCCGUCACCUCAAAGAGGGAUCGCCCCCACCCUCCUCAUCCUCUGACUCAGACGAAGAUGUGGACGAACUCCCCUUCAUCCCCAUGCCUCUAUCCAUGGUCUUCUCCGGCUCCAGGGUCUCCCUCAACGAGAUACCAGGUGACGAGGACGUCACAGGACCGCCUUCCAGGGACAAUGGGACAGUGGAAGGGGCGUGGUUAACCCGGCACAGGGAACAGCCCAUAGAGGAGGUGGUGUCCAAAAAGGAGGCCAAGGAAUUAGGAGGAAGCAGAGGAACGAGAAAAAGGGUAACAACCGAGGAAGAUGGUGGGUCUUCGGAAGAGGAGAAGACUGCAGUGAGAACGAAGAGAGUCCCCCUGAAGAAGGGCUCGAGUGUGGAGGAGGAUGACACUCAGACGAAGUCCCGGAGAUCGACGAUGAGGAGGGGCAGUUCAGCUGACUCGGCCCUGCUUCUCCACAUUGAGCCAGAGGAGGGAGCUGUGGAGGAGGGAAAAGAAGACAACGGUGAAAAAAGCCUUAAAAAGGCAGUUUCCAUGGAGCUACCAAAUCGGAGCCCCAGUCCUGGGGCGGCUAAGAUGAGCCAGGAGGACUAUGCCCUCAAACUGGAGCUGAUGAGACAGAGGCUACUGAGGGGAGGCAACAGCAAAAGCGGCCUGCGAGGUCCCCUGCUGGAGACCCUAGGAAUGGACGACGAGAGGCGAACCUCAUCCCUGGACCGACACUUGAGGAGAUCCAGGGUGGGGGCGCCAGAGCGGUCGCUGGCCAGAGCAGCCUCUACCGAAUGUGCAGUGGAGGACACAACCAAAAUCAAAAUGUUCCAGAAGAGUUCCUCUUUCAGUCAGGGAGACUCGGAGCCGAUGCCCCUACACCGGCAGUUUGGAGCCCCCUUAGAGAUCCCCACUAGCACAUCUAGCCAGAGCACUGAGAGGAGAGACAGUGCUGAAAGGACCCAGAGCAUUGAGAGGAACGCACAGGGGAAAGACCUCCAGGAGGCCACUUCCAUAUCAGCAAUUACGGAGCAGACCAGGCUGGAUUCCAGACCUUACUCUCAUGUGCCCUCCACCUCCAUACAGCCCACCCCAGUCAAAGAGGACCAAGGAGUGAGGGAAGAGAAAAAACAAGAGGAGAAGAAGAAGAGCAAGUCUGAGGAAACUUCUGAAAGAGAUGAAGAGAUGGAGAGAAGGACCAAAGCACAGGAGAGGGUUGAUAGACACGAGUCGAAGAGGGAGAUUUCCCAGGGCAGGUCUCCUACUGUGUUAGCUCCUGUGAUUGUCAUAGAGGAGGAGGAUACUGAGGAAGAUGAAAGAAAGUUAAAUAAAGAAGAGGUGAAAGCAAAAGGUUGUGAUUCUCCAGGGGUUACGCUUACAGGAAAAACGUCUGCGUAUGCCAACGUGAUGCAAACUAUUGUAGUACCAUCUGGAAAACCUGACAGCAGCCGGAGAUCUCAAUCUACACCUAGCCUCACAUUUCCUGAACACCCUGCCGUCUUCGCCAAGGUGGCCACCGAACGCCCAACAAGCCCAACCAUCUCGACUAGCUCGUCUAUGGUCCCAGACCGCCCCACCACCCCACGCCAACCUACCACGCCACUCAGAACAGAUAUCAAGGACAUAGACUCGGAGGAAGUCUUUGAAUCCAGGUUCAAGAAGCGUGAGUCAUCCCUUACCCGUGGGCUCCGGAGACUUACCAGGACCAAAUCAGAAGAGAAGUCCCCGACCCUUCCCCGUAAGACAGGCGAGGGUGAGGAGGUAUACCGGCCGGGGCGUCUGGGGGCUCCGCUUGAGAUGGUGCCCCAAGGAUUGCAGGAGAAGUCCAAGUCCGUCCAGGACUUGAGGGAGGUGGAGAGAGACACAGGGUCCCUGGCCAUCAUUGGACGGUUUUCCAUGCGCACCAAGAGGACCCCGUCCAUAGAUAAAAAGGAGGAGAAGUCAAAGGAGACUGAGCCUGCGUCCAGUAAGCGCAGGGUGUCCUGGGCCAUAGGCCGCAGUAAGAGUCUGGACACGACAGAGCUGGACAAUAUUGAGGCUCGGAGAGAGCAGGCGGUGAGAGAACGCAAAAAGAUGGAGGAGUCGUCUGUCUUCGCCAUGCGGCGGAAGUUCGAGAACAAAGUAGCGGGUAUCUCAGCCAGUUUGAGGAGCAAGUCAGAGGAAAGGAAGGAGGAGAAAGAGGCCAAGCGGCGCGUGGAGGAAGAGAAAAGUCGGAAAGAUGCAGAAGAAAAGGAUUUUAAGAAGGUCAGUGAUUCCCCCGUCUUGGCGAUGAGGAAGAAGUUUGAGAACAAGGUGGCAGGAAUUUCUGGGAAAGUCCGAAGCCAGUCAGAGGAUAGAAAAGAGAUGGAGGAAGAGAAGCCAGAGGGAAAGAAAACUCCACUGUUUUCCCGUCAUCGACAUUCCCAGUCCGAGGGAAGAGGUCUCAAAGAGAUGGGGAUCCCAGAGAAUCAGAUAGCCAAACAGACAAACAAAGAAUCCAAAGUGUCCAAGGAAUCCAUUGGGUCUGCUUCAAGCCUUCAUUCCGAAAAGUCAAAAAGUCAAAAGUCGCUCACUCCAGAGACUGACAGGCGGUCGCGGUGGGACAGGUGGGGUCUGGGCAGGAGCAGGAAGGAUAAGACCCCCUCUCAGACUGACCUCCCCUCAGCCAAAGAUGAGGGGUCAUCAGGCAGCCUGCAGUACUCCCGCACUUCCUCUAACUUCCCUCCUGUGUUCCACAUCAAGCUGAGGGACCACGUCUUAUUGGAGGGUGACCCUGUCACUCUUAGCUGCCUCCCGGCUGGCAGCCCCCACCCACAAAUCAGCUGGACUAAAGAUAAGAGACCACUGGAGAUGGACGACAGGAUGAGUCUGAUCUCCUGUCCAGACGGCAGGCAGCUCGUUACGAUCAUGAAGACCAGCAGGAGGGACGCAGGGCUCUAUGAGUGUGUGGCCAGUAACCCCUUAGCCAGCGUCACCAGCUCCUGCACACUGUCCCUGGCCUGUGUCCCCAAAAGGCCAGGCACCCCGGAGGUUCCCCAGACGUACAACAACACAGCCCUGGUGCUAUGGAAACCAGCCGACACCAAGCCCCCCUGUAGCUACUCUCUGGAGAGGAAGACAGAAGGUGAUGCCAACUGGCUGAUCAUAGCGACUGGAGUGGCUGACUGUUACUACAAUGUCACAGACCUGCCACCAGGGGGCGCCUUUAGGUUCAGAGUGGCCUGCGUCAACAAGGCAGGACAGGGACCCUACAGCAACACAUCGGACAAAGUCAGCCUGGACUCAACAGUAGGCGUGUCCUCUCCAGCAGUGGCCAUUGUGAAGACAAUCUCCUCACCUCCCUCCCACCCUGCCCCAGCAGCUACCACCUUAGUGACUGUUAUCCCAAAGGUCAAACCAGCAGUAAUGCAACCUCCUGGUAAAACGGUGUCCACUGUCUCUCCCUCUUCACCCUCCCUUACACAGAACUCUCUAACCUUCCCUGCUCACACCGCAGCUCUCUCUCCCUCUACACCUUCGGCCCCCGCCAGCCCUGCCAUCACAACCCCUCCAACUGAACCCCUGACGGUCGCCCCUCCAACUCUCCCCUCCCCGCCUGUAGUCAAACCUCCUCCCUUCGUCCUCCCCAAACCCCAGAGUCCUGUCAACGUGGUCCCACCCAUGACCCAAACCCCGCCCAUCUCUCCCCCUCUCCCUCUCGUUACACCUCCUUCCACCCCCACCAAGCCCGUCAUGGCAUCCGUUCCUACCUCCACCUGUGCCGCCACUGCCCGUAUGGCCCCCAGCCCCCUCCCGGCCCCCUCCUUCUCCCCCCAAGUGCUCCAGGUCAGCAGUCUGAGCCCAAUAGGGGAGGGGCGGGGCACCCCUGUUCGAGGGACCCCCAGGGACCGCACCACACUCAAGCCGGGUGAGACAGCUCUACGACAGGGAGUCCCACAGAAGCCCUACACCUUCCUGGAUGAGAAAGCCAGAGGGCGGUUCGGUGUGGUCCGGGAGUGUCGAGAGAACGCCACAGGACACGUCUUCAUGGCUAAGAUCGUUCCGUACGACCAGGAGACUAAGAAGUCCAUCCUGCAGGAGUAUGAGAUCCUCAAGUCUCUCCACAACGACAAGGUCAUGACCCUCCACGAGGCCUACGUCACCCCACGUUACCUGGUACUGGUGGCUGAGCAGUGCAUUGGCAAGGAGCUGCUCCACAGCCUUAUAGACAGGUUCCGUUACUCGGAGGAUGACGUGGUGUGUUACCUGGUUCAGCUCCUUCAGGGUUUGGAGUACCUCCACAACAGACGCGUCCUCCAUCUAGACAUCAAACCUGACAACGUCAUGGUCACCAACCUCAAUGUCAUCAAGAUCGUAGACUUUGGCAGCGCGCAGAACUUCAAUCCCCUCUCCCUCAAACAAUACAGCAGAGGCCUGGGCACCCUGGAGUAUAUGUCUCCGGAGAUGGUGAAAGGUGAUGUGGUCGGCCCUCCAGCUGACAUCUGGAGCCUGGGGGUUCUAACCUACGUCAUGCUUAGCGGUAGGCUGCCCUUUCAGGACAAAGACCCACAGCAGACUGAGACCAAAAUCCAGAUUGCCAAGUUUGACCCGACCAAGCUCUACCCCAACGUGUCCCAAAGUGCCUCGAUGUUCCUCAAGAAGAUGCUGAGUAGCUAUGCCUGGGCCCGUCCGAGCACCAAGGACUGUUUCACCCAUGCAUGGCUGCAGGACUCGUACCUGAUGAAGCUGAGGAGACAGACGCUCACCUUCACCACCACCAAGCUGAAGGAGUUCCUGGGGGAGCACCAUCGACGUCGCACCGAGGUCGCCACCAAACACAGGGUCCUCCUACGCUCCUACUCCAGCUCAGCUUCUUCAACCACAUCGACCACACCAAACCUACCUAAGUGAAGGCAUAUGACUUAUGUCAGUGUUAACUAGCCACCAGAGGGUGGAGGUAUGGGGGAUGUGUGGUGCACAACAGUGGGCUCCAUGAUAGAGGGAGGACUCUGAGUCCUCAUCCCCCACAGAGUGGGGCGGUGCCUGAGUAAGUUAUGGGAGUGGGGAUUAGAGCCAUGAGCAUUGCACCAGCCCACAGACUGCAUGGAGUCUCAUUCUACUGAGACCUAACAGAAUGAAUCUUGGACAGUUCAUCAACUGAGAUUUGAAUCCAGUUGUUGGGUUGUUGGAUACCACGGUUUCAAAAUAUUGAGUUAUCGUUUGUUUUUGGACCUGGCACGAUUUGUUUCUGCUUCAGGUCUACUGUCUGCUAGUACUACUCCGAGCUUGCUAUCGCAAUGUGUGUAGAACUUUUAAAUAUAUAAAACAGGACAUUUGGUUUGGAAAAUGAAUUCAAUACAAUUAACCUGGAACACACAUAUUUGUCAGUUUGAUUUUAGAGCACAGCCUUAUUUCUGCAUCCUGAUAUUUGGUGGUGAUUAUGGGAAUGUACCAUCAUUUAUGCUGCUAAUUUAUGUUGCAUUUAUUUACACAUUUCAAAAAUGCAAAACCAAAAAUAAAAACGUUUUUGUUCAUGAAAUUGUAUGUGACCUGUUGACCUUUUUCAUGUUAAUUUAUUUGCAUGUGUGCUUGUUUUUCUUCUUUUGGGUGAUUUUCUAAAUACAAUGAAAACAGUGAAAAAAUGUUGCUCACCUUUGUGAUUAUACUGUUCAUAGACACAGAUAACAAACCUGUGAAUAUAGUAGAGUAUCUUAGUAGUCAGUGGAGCAACCUGAUGUCCUGUGGUUGAUGCUCAAGUUGAAUAAUAGUGCAACUUCAUUGAUGAAAACGGUCAGACUUUGAUUAUGUAGAUUCUGUAGUCUUCUAUUGGAUUUGUCACACCUCAUCAACGUCAUCACUGCGCCAAUGGCUGGACUAGCAUUCUACAGUAUGUUCUGUUGAUUGGACAGGUUGCUCUUAGCUUGACCAGCAGUCUGUUAGUGAGUCAAUUUUGCCUAAAAUGGGUCAAUUUACAAACUUUAUCAUGUAAAUGUGUUGUCUUACUACUUGCAGUAUGUGUUCUGUUAAUUUAUUGAACUAUUCAUAUCAUACAAUUUUGGGGCACUUUUGUCAACCAUUAGGCCUCCUGUACAAAAUGGACAUAGGUGCCAUGAAGAAAAAAUAUACAGAAAGUCAUUUUUGGUAUACAGAGACUCUUAUGUAUUACUUUUCAUCAUACAUACAGUAUUUCUUUUUGUAUGAAUUUGGAUGGUUGAAUAUUUGUAAAUGUUUUAAUUUGCAGUGUUUAUAAUGUGGAAAUGGUUUAAAAUGUUUUUAUGAAGUAGUGUGUAAUAAACUAUUGAUACAA